CUUCCUGUUUGUCUGCUGUAUUUUGUCAACAAUCGGGAAACUAAUGACUGAUGUUCACGUUGCGAAAUUUAUGUGAGCCCUCCCUGGUUGAAAUUAUUGUCGUUGGUGGUAUUGAACCUAGGACAUGAGCUGAGAAGGCUGAGAAAAUGUGGAUGAACACUCAAAGAUUAAAACUUUCAGAAAUGAUGGCGCUGUCUCAGUGACUCAGCAGACAUGAGCAUUAAGCAAAGCAAAACGUCGGUUGAGCUUGAGAGGGCUUCCCUCUCGGCGGAAUCGGGAGGCCAUCGGCGAUACAGCGGGAGUUUUCGCGAGAAACGCCAACAACGACACAGCUCGCAGCAGCUCACGACUGAUUCGUCGUCGACGCUUAUCGAUGGCGGUAAAAGAUCGCCAAACUCAAGUGUGCGGCACCGGCGGCCGCGUGAGUGUAACUCCAGCCAGGAAUCCCUCUCCUCCCCCGGGCAGCAGAGAGCGUCAUCCAGAGCCAGCUCCACAGACCUUAGAGAAAGCGACUUUGGCGAGUGGAGUCGAGACGAUCGCCAAGGCUCUCCCUCCCACACCUACUCCUCAGGAGGAGGAGGAGGAGGUGGUGGAGGGAGUCGCAGCGGCUCCCCGGACAAGCCUCACAACACGUUCGAAAGGCCGUCGAGUGAGAACAGCUUCCACGAUGCGGCCGGAGACCGGGGGUUCGGAUCCGAAGGGUCGUCGCAGCAGCAGCAGCAGCUACAGCAGCCAGGGGGGAACAACAACUACAACAACGGUGGUGGUGGUGGUAGUGGUGGAGGUGCUAGACUGUCGCCCCCGCCCAGCGGGAAGAAGAUGGGAUCCCAGGUGGAUGGGUCGGAGGUCAACGCCGGAGGACUGAAUUCUUUUGAGCGAGCGCUGAACGAUAUACUGGGUGAGUUGAGGAGUUGAGUUUACGGGUGGAUGGUGCUGGAGGGUUUUUUGAAAUCUUAACCCUUCCAGUGGGUUGUUGGUGGGUGC